GCGCUCCGAUGUUUAUCUCCGUUAAAAUUAAUUUUAAUGAAAAUUACCAAAUCACUUUUAUAAAAGUUUAAACAUAAGAAGUGAAUCCCAAAAAUCAAAAAUGCGUUUCGACAGCAUCUAUCUGGUGGCCAACCUGGCGGAGUACGACUUCGAAAAUGUGGUCCUCCUGGCGGACGAUGUGAACGCGAUAGUGACGGAACUGUGCUGCACCGGGGACGGGCGUUUUUCCCGAAUCGACUGCUGUGAGAAGCUGCUCUUUCUGGGGCACAUUCUGGAGACGGCACUGGAUGUGAGCCGGCGCGUGGUGAAGAACUACGACACUCUGGAGGCACUGCUGCGGGUUAAUUGGGACGGCAAUGGAAGCGCUGGUCCCACCAAGCGGAAGUGGGAUUUUGUGAGGGAUGAUGGGGAGCGGGUUGUGAACCGGGUUGCCCGGAUGGUGCUCAGUGCCGAAGGUGGGGAACGGUGUUUAGGUGUGGUGAAGGCGUUUUAUAAACGGUUCAGCAGCAAAGAGGAGUUUCGGAAGGUGAUUGGGGAAGUGCAUAGGAAGUUGGUUUGGAAGAAGGCGGCCGGAGAUUAUUUGUGCCUGAGCGAAGAUGCUGGAAAUAAGUUGAAUGCUUUAAAGUUGAUCGCUGAUUUGCAAAGUGAUGAUCCGAAGAUUGUUAUUCGGAAUGCUUCGAGAUGGAAUUUAGGUAUGGUGGUAGAAAUGAUUGAUUGUGGAUCCAUCGAUUCCCGGACCUCAAGCAAGUUGCUUUCUGGUAUUCUGGUAAAUAUUCAAACAGAGAAUAAACAAUUUUUCGACGCUCAGAUUAAGUCCAUUAGAACCUUGAUGGAUGACAAGAAACUUCUUGUCAGAUACCAAAAUCUCAUGGAGUUCCAACCGUUCUACGAAGUGAAUUUGGAACUUCUUCGUACGCACCAUCGUAAACUUCAAGAGUACGAACUCCUCUACGAUUCAAAUACUAUCUUGCUGUGUCACCUCAUUUAUGGGAAGCAACAAUCUGCUCAGUUUCUCAAAGAUUUUCUGAACGAAGAAACCCUCGGUGGAUCUGAAAAUCUGGAACUGAUUCUCGCCGAGCUGCAGAACUUUGCCUAAUUGAUGAUCGAACACGACGAGAGUUCCUCACUGUAUGGGUGGACUCCAUACGCAAUCUGUUGAUCCCGACCCGAAGCAAGUGGCCACCAAUACAAAAGCAGCACCCUACCCGCUGGCCGGAUUUGCGUACGUGAGAGUGACGGCUCUGGAGAAGAAGUCAUCAUCAGCCUAAACAGUCAUCGCCAGCCGUCAUCGACGACACGACGGAGCAGUCAAUUCGCGAGACUCGGGCGGUCGAUACUCCUCAAUUACUUUAAUUACGAGUGGGUCCCCGGUAAUUGAAACCCAAUCAGUGAUAGCCCUUAUCGGUUCGGGAAAGGUGAAGAAAGUGCGGUCGGAACAAAUUUCGAAUCAGUGCGUGGUGUGAAAUUCCAGAACAUAGCGGUAAACCCCGGAGUCAGAUAGCGGAGCGCCAAUUGUCAUUCAAGUGAGCCAAUUGGAGGAUGACGACGCGUUCGAUGUGAACGACUAUCGGGACGUCAUCAGCACCUCAUCCCACCAGCCGGCAUCGGCCCCCCACCAGCCCCGAACGUCUCCGCUCCUCCUCACCUCGACCGGCUCGCUCGAUUACGAUUACUACGAGGACAUGGACGAGCGGGACAGCAUCUAUCUGGAUGCCGUGUCCAUCAACUCGGACGGACCGAACGCCCGUAAGUCGCUUUACCUGUCCCGCCAAACCGUGUACCACUCGGCGGAGGAACUCCCACAGGACGCCGUCGACGGGGGUGGAGGAACGCUGCGGAGCAUCCGCACCACCACCGAAUCGAUGCUGAACGAUUCCCGCGCCAACGGGGGUCUGCCGAACCUGCCGUACGAACCGCGACCCGGCAGUUCAUCGUUCGUCGGUGGGAUCCUGAAGCGGCCCGGCCUCACGACGAAGUACAACGCAGAGGUGGCAAGCACUAGUCCUCUUUUACAAGCACUAGAAACUCCUCAUUCCGACAACAACGACACCAGUCAGACCGAAUCCACAAACAUUAGCACUAACAACCGACCCCAUCGACCGACCGAUCGUUGUAGUAAGCAUGAGCCAAGACAGAUAGUUACAUAUUCGCUGUGGAAAGCGCGGACGUGGAAUCGCUUCCAGGAUGGCAAACGGGUCGUCGACUUUGUCCUGGCGUACAACGGCCAGGACCAGAGCGAGGAAAUGGCACGCAAGCGGACCACCUUCCAGCAGAACCUGCAAGCCGAGGGGUUGGAAAUCGAGGCGGAAUGUUCACAGCGGAUACACUUCAUCAAAAUCCACGUCCCCCAGGAGGUGGUGUCCCGCUACUGCGAGAUUAUGCGCAUGCAGAUGCCGACCGCCAAGCUGCCCGGCCAGGAUAACAUCGCUCCGAAGGAUUUUAGCGUGAGCGGCCUGCUGGUGAAGCUCUUCCGGAGGCCUCUGUUCAGCUUCGUGAUCAUCGAUCGGGACAAGUUCCGGAAGAAGGAGUACACGCUGCAGCACGAGUAUACGCGCGACAAGGCGUAUCUGUUUGACGACACUCAGCCGGAGUUCUUCACUCCGAGCAUACGGAUAGCGGUGGCACAUUUUAUCCUGGAGAGGACGUACUUCAACGUGGGGGAGGAAAACAAGUAUGAUAUUGGGCUGCGGAAGUUGCUGAACGAUAAGGUUUAUCUGGAUGCGUAUCCGUUGCACGACGGAAACACGGACAUGCCGGAGGUGGAGUGCCAACGGACGUUGCUGCUGCAAGAGUGGGCUUCCGUGGUUCGGUGGAUUAAGCAUCAACCGUUGGAUCACAUAAAGGAGUACUUUGGGGUGAAGGUUGCGAUGUAUUUCGCAUGGCUUGGGUUCUAUACGCACAUGCUCAUCUGGGCCUCGAUAGUGGGUUUAAUGUGUUUCUUCUACGGAUUGCUGACAUUCCGCAGCAAUCGGAUCAGUCAAGACAUUUGCAACGAUAACUCAACGAUCAUGUGUCCGCAGUGUGACGCCAAGUGUGACUACUGGCGGCUGAAUGACACGUGCACAACCUCGCAACUUGCGCACAUUUUUGACAACAAUUUUACGAUCGUGUUUGCGGUAUUCAUGUCGAUCUGGGCAACUCUCUAUCUGGAAAUGUGGAAGCGAUACUCGUCGGCCAUUCAGCAUCGAUGGGGCAUUACCAAUUACUGCUCGCUGGCGGAACCUCCCCGACCGCAGUAUCUGUCGCGGUUGAAGGACAGCAAGAAAACGAUCUUCAACAUCAUCACAGGAACGCAGGAACCAUCGCCGCCGUUCUGGUCGAAGAAGCUACCCAGCUUUCUGUACAGCUACUCCGUGAUAUUCCUAUUCAUCUCCCUCGCCAUUGCGGCCGUGUUCGGCAUCGUCAUCUACCGGAUGUCGCUGAUGACAUCGCGCAACAUCUACGGCGACCCGGACGCCGUAUCGACCAAACUGUUGCUCCUGCCGGCGACGGCCGCCAUCAUCAAUCUGAUCGUGUCGACGAUCCUCAACUUCGCGUACGACUACGUGGCCGUGUACAUGACCGACAUCGAGUACCGGCGGACCCAGAGCGAGUACAACGAAAGCCUGAACCUCAAGAUCUACCUCUUCCAGUUCAUCAACUACUACAGUUCGAUAUUCUACAUCGCGUUCGUGAAGGGUAAGUUCCCCGGCUAUCCGGCCAAGUACAACCGGAUUAUGACGCUGCGCCAGGAGGAGUGCAGCCCGGGUGGGUGCCUAAUGGAGCUGUGCAUCCAGCUGGCCAUCAUCAUGAUCGGCAAGCAGAUCAUUUCGUUGAUCCUGGAGAUUUUGAUUCCGUUCCUGUUGCAAAAGUUCCGCGAGUUCCGGAGCGUGCUGGGCAUCGAGGGGGAGGAGUCGGAGAACGGGGAGAAGCUGAUCUGCUGCAACCAGUGGACCAAAGAUUUUACGCUGAUCAGCUGGACCGAUCGGAGUUUGUUCGAGGAGUAUCUGAAGAUGAUCAUUCAGUACGGAUUCAUUACGAUCUUCGUGGUGGCCUUCCCACUGGGUCCGUUGUUCGCACUGUUGAACAAUGUAUUCGAGACGCGACUGGAUGCGAAGAAGUUUUUGCUCUACUACAAACGAGCUGUUCCGCAACGUGUUCGGAACAUCGGUAUGUGGUACAAUGUGAUGCACGUGCUCGGGAAAGUGGCGGUGAUAUCUAGCGCAUUCAUCAUCGCAUUCUCAUCUAACUUCAUCCCCCGGCUGGUCUACAUGUACGUGGUCAGCCAGGACCGAACCGACCGAGGCUACCUGAACCACACGCUGGCCUACUUCAAUGUUAGCGAUUUCGAACCCGGUGUGGCCCCGCUCGCAUCCAAGUUCGAAAAUGUCACCGUGUGUCGCUACCACGAGUACCGGAAUCCGCCCGGCAUGGACCGGCCCUACAAGCGCCCGCUCAUCUACUGGCACAUCCUCGCUAUCCGGUUGGCCUUCGUCGUCAUCUACCAGAACGUGGUCAGCUUCGUGCAGAUUGUGGUGGCGUGGGCCAUUCCGGACACCCCCGGGCGGCUGCAGGAUCAGAUCAAGCGGGAACAGUACCUAACCAAUGAGUUCAUCAUCCAGCAGGAGAAAGUUAAGACUCGCGAACGGAAGGGUGGCCGAAAUUCGCAGAGGCGGCGCAACGGGACGCUGUCGCGGCAGCAGAGCAGCUUGGACGAAUACGGUACGGUAAGUGUGACGGAGGAGGAAGGCGAAGAUGAGAACUUCGUCAGGCGAAGGCCGAACGGGAACGAUCCGUACAAUCCCGAACGCUUCCAGGAGUGUGAGAUUGUGACGUCGAGAGUUUGAGACCCUGGGGCUCGAAAUAAAAAAACAAACAGUGACCAACCCAGUCGAUUGACUAUACGGUUCAAACGUUACCUAUUAUUCUAUUUUCGAAAUAUCUUUACACAAACGCCGUGGACCGUACUGACCGAAUGCCUAUUUCAUGUUUUCAAUGGCAUUUCGUUUUGCGAAGCUUUACAAUAAUGUUAAAAUUUAUGAGACGCAACCAUGGGACGUCAAUUUAUGCGCAAAAGUAAAAUUGUAGCUAAUAAUAAGAUUAGGUAGCUAUCAUGCGAAUUAAUUGUGGGUGUAGCUUUUUCUUUCAACUGAAGGAAUUAUUAUUGCAUAAAGAUCAACAAGAGGAACAAACCUACCAACACAGCACUUAUUUAUUACACUAGGAAAUCAAACCAAUAAACUAUAUUUUCAAUUUUACAUUCUCGAAAAAGAAUAGUUGAGGAGAAAA